AUGGCCUUUUGCCCCUCCGCCGGCGCCGCUACCCAACUCUCAGCUCCCUCACUCGCCAAGCCGUAUCGCGCCAACUCCAUACUCCAACUCCCCCUAAAGCUCAACAAACUUACACCUCGCUCGCACAACGUCCGUCCCGUCCUCUGUACCCUAACCGGAGAAUCAUCGGCAGUCUCUCCGCCGGCGGUUCUUCAACGCCCCGAUCCAUUCGGACGGUUCGGCAAGUUUGGUGGGAAGUAUGUCCCUGAAACGCUAAUGCACGCUCUCGAUGAGCUCGAGACCGCAUUCAAAACCCUGUCCAAUGAUCGAGAAUUUCAGAUUUCGGGUUUUAAAUGCUUUAACCUCGCCAUUGAAACAGAGUAUGAGGGAAAUAAAGAACUAGAUGGGAUCUUGCGUGACUAUGUUGGAAGAGAAAAUCCCCUUUAUUUUGCUGAACGGCUUACUGAACACUACAAACGUCCUAAUGGUGAAGGACCACACAUCUACCUUAAGAGGGAAGAUUUGAACCACACUGGGGCACACAAGAUUAACAAUGCUGUUGGUCAAGUUUUGCUUGCAAAGUACUUGUGCAAGAAGCGCAUUAUUGCUGAGACUGGUGCUGGUCAGCACGGUGUUGCCACUGCAACUGUUUGUGCUCGAUUUGGACUACCAUGUGUUGUUUAUAUGGGUGCUCAAGAUAUGGAGAGACAAGCAUUGAAUGUCUUCCGGAUGCGGCUUCUUGGUGCUGAGGUUGUACCUGUCCACUCUGGGACGGCCACACUCAAGGAUGCUACAUCAGAAGCUAUAAGGGACUGGGUUACCAAUGUUGAAACGACUCAUUACAUUUUGGGAUCUGUUGCAGGCCCGCAUCCAUUCCCCAUGAUGGUUAGAGAGUUCCAUGCUGUGAUUGGUAAGGAGACUAGGAAGCAAGCAUUGGAAAAAUGGGGUGGAAAGCCUGAUGUGCUUGUUGCAUGUGUUGGUGGAGGCUCGAAUGCUAUGGGCUUAUUCCAUGAGUUUGUUGAUGACAAAGAUGUGAGGUUGAUUGGCGUGGAGGCUGCAGGUUUUGGUGUCGAAAGUGGUAAACAUGCUGCCACUUUAACCAAGGGAGAGGUCGGAGUGCUUCAUGGCGCCAUGAGCUAUCUGCUUCAGGAUGAGGAUGGGCAGAUAGUCGAGCCUCAUUCCAUCAGUGCUGGGUUGGAUUACCCUGGAGUUGGGCCUGAGCAUAGCUUUUUGAAAGACAUAGGAAGAGCUGAAUACUAUAGCAUAACCGAUGAGGAGGCUUUAGAAGCUUUCAAGAGGUUAUCUCGGUUAGAAGGCAUUAUUCCUGCACUUGAGACAUCUCAUGCAUUGGGAUACUUAGAGAAGCUGUGCCCAACUUUGCCAAAUGGAGCUAAGGUUGUGCUUAAUUGUAGCGGCAGAGGAGACAAAGAUGUUCAUACAGCUAUUAAACAUUUGAAGGUUUGA